CCCGUUUGAAGCCGCAUAACUUCACGCGUCGCCACAAUGGCUCCAGUAGCAACUACCCCGCAUAAAUCCAAUGGUCAUCAGCGAUAUCUGCCCAAAGAUGCGCCAAAUUUCCCGAAGUUCGACCUCGAUAACGAAGGCAGCGAUGCAGAAGCCGGAGCGCUGCAGACAGUGAACGAACCACAAGAGCCUGAGUGGGAAGGCUUUGAAGGGCUGGAUGAAGACAAGGACGGCAAGAAAGAGGACGAGAACAUGGACGAGGACGAGGACGAGGACGAGGAAAGUGAUACAGAGAGCGUGGUAAUCGAGCUGGAAAAAAAGAAAAAGGAAAAGAUUAUCCUGCCAAAAGACGCGGAGGAAGAGGAGCUUGAGCGCAUGAUCUUUGGCGACUCAGCAGGCUUCAAGGAAGGUCUGGAAGCUUUCUCGCUCAAAGGAACGGCCGGCGCAUACGGAGACAGCUCAGAUGAGGAACAAGGCCAGGACGCAGACUUGGACAAUGUCGCGGACCAGGACUUGUUCUUCUUCGAUGCAGGCCCGGUCGCGGCGCCUGCUGGCUCGGUCGCUAUCACCAAAACGCAAGACUCAGAGGACGAGGGCGACAGGCCAGCGUGGGAGGAUAGUGACGACGAGCGACUGGUCGUGAGCCUGGCGUCAGUACCGCAGCUGAGGAAAUUGAGAGACACGGCCGAGGACGACUUGGUCAACGGCAAGGAGUAUGCGCGCAGGUUGAGGAAGCAGUACGAGAGACUAUACCCGACACCAGAUUGGGCAAUGUAUGCGACCGGCAAGGCAAACAAAAAGCGAAGACGCACGAUCAACGAUGAGGAGGACAGCGGCGAGGAGUCUGCGAGUGACAUGGACGUGGAUGAGGAAGACCUGUCCACUCAGCCUUUGGCAAGACUACUGAAAGAAGCGGACAUUCUCUCGCGCAACGCGAGAGGUCCUGCGAAGAGAAGAAAGCUACAAGCUGGCACAGUCGACAUUCAGAGGCUGAAGGACGUCUCCAAAGCGGGUCCCUCUGCGAUAACCUCUCUAUCGUUUCACCCUGCAUACCCGCUCCUCCUCUCCUCUGGCCCCAGCUCGACUCUCCACCUCCAUCACGUCAACCCCAAUCCCCCAAACCCGAAUCCCCUUCUUACAUCUCUGCACAUCAAGCGCACACCUCUCACCACAACUGCCUUCCAUCCUUCGGCAUCAGAUUCAAGAAUCUUCCUCAGCGCACGUCGCCGCUAUUUCCACGUUUGGAAUAUUGCAACAGGCAGCGUCGAGAAGGUCUCGCGUGUUUAUGGCCACCAGCACGAACAGCGCACAAUGGAAUACUUCUCAUUAUCGCCAAAUGGCAAGCACAUGGCUUUGCGAGGCUCCUCGAGAAAGGGUGGAGGUGUAAUCAACAUCCUCGAUGCUAAAACGCUCCAGUGGGUCACACAGGCUCGUAUUGAAUCCCGGGGCGGUGUCGCAGAUUUUGUGUGGUGGGGAGAUGGGAGUGGCCUCAGUAUCGCGGGAAAGAACGGCGAGGUUACCGAAUGGAGUGUUGAACAGGGUGUAGUUGGACGAUGGAACGAUGAGGGUGCUGUUGGUACCACAGUCAUAGCCCUUGGUGGUAAAAGUGGAAGGGAAUCGUGGAUAGGUGGGGAUCGAUGGGUUGCCAUCGGAAGCUCGUCUGGUGUUGUCAACAUUUACGAUCGGAGAGCAUGGAGCGAAAAUGACCCGACCGUCAAAAACGCAGCUGUGUCGAACAAUGGCAUACCAAAGGCACCGAAACCGUUGCGCGCGUUGCAGAACCUCACAACGCCGAUCUCUCAUCUGGCGUUCUCCCCAGAUGGACAGGUAAUGGCUAUGGCGAGUCGAUGGAAAAACAACGCCAUGAGACUGGUGCAUUUGCCUUCUGCUACAGUGUUCAAGAACUGGCCGACAGAAAAGACCCCACUUGGAAGAAUUACUUCUGUUGCCUGGGGUAGGCCCUCAGAGGAGGAGGAGCGAGAAGGCAGUCUUGCACUCGUGGCUGUUGCUAACGAGACCGGUCACAUCAGGUUGUGGGAGGUGAGAGCUUGAGGGUUGCUUGAUGAUGAAGUAUAGCUAGGUAUUCAUCUCGGUUCGCGACAGUG